UCAGCUAGGAAUGGGAAUGCCUAGAAACUCUCAGAGGAGAUAAAAGGAUCGUUUCAAUUCUUCGACAUCAAAAUUUACUGAAGGAGCUUCAAGAAAUUGCAAUUGAAGGUGCUAAUGAAAGAAACCAGCAGCAGAAGAAAAACAGUGGGUUUGAAGAUGAACUUUCAGAAGUCCUUGAAAGCCAGAAUGAUAACAUGCAAAGAGAUAAGGGAAAGGAGAUCCCUGCAGAGGAAGCUGCAGCCUCCCUUGCUGAGCUAGAGGCAGAAAAAAUGCAGCAUAAUGAGAGGGAGAACUCAAAAGAGGACGAGAAAAACAGCCUGGAAGAGAGGGAGCCAAGGCCACGUGAUGUUGACCCUGAAGACAAGGAGAAUGCAGAGGAAUUUGAGAGCAAUGAGAUUGGUGAGGCAGAAGAAUCCCCAAGAGAAGAUGCUUUAGACAAUCACAUUGGUGAUGACCUCAGCGAGGAUGAGGUGUCUGAGCAGAAGCACCAAGAGGGUGAAGAUCAGCCUGCAGGGACCAAUGAAAGUCUGGAGCUUGAGGAAGCAAGGGAGAAAGUUUCUAAAAAGGACCAGGAGGAAAGCAAAGAGGAGAAAGCUGUAGAAGAACAUGCAGAGAAAGAUGGUGACAGGAGAGACACCCCCCGAGAUGAACAGCCAACAGAAACAGAGGGGCUUUUCGGGUCAAAUGAGGAUGAGAGUGAGGAGAUUCAGAGGGAAGACAAUAAUGAAGAUGCUUUAGGCUUUGGCAAAGGAGGGAGGAGCUCAGAAGAAGAAGAGAAAUCCUUCCAAAUGAAAGGAGGGAGGCAUCAUUCUGAGGAUGAAGCCAUGCAGGCAGAGGACACCUAUGACACCAGGGAAGUAAAAAGUGAGGAAAUGGAGGAGUCUUCCAAAGAGUGGGGAGACUCGAAGAGAUGGAACAAAAUGGAUGAGCUGGCUAAGCAGCUGACAACCAAGAAGCGCAUGGAGGAAAAUGACAGUGGUGAAGACCCAGACAGAUCCAUGAAAAUGUCACUUAGGUCUCGCAAGUAUGACUUUAAUAGUCCUGAAGAGGAUGUAAGAAGGUCUUGGAAUCACCACUCGAAGGAGGACAGCAGUGAAGGGUUUCCACUUGCCCCCAUGCCAGAGGAAAAAAAAGAUGAAGAGGGAAGUGCUAACAGAAGAACAGAGGAUCAAGAGCUGGAGAGCCUGGCAGCAAUAGAAGCUGAACUGGAGAAAGUGGCCCACAAGCUUCAUGAGCUAAGAAGAGGCUGAAGUUUUCCCAACUUGUAUCAUCAGUAGAAGCAAGAAAUUGACUCCUCCUUUUACACAGCUUUUUAAUUCACUGGUUAAAUAAGUAAAUAAAUAAAUAAAUAAAAUAAAAAUAAAAAUAAAAAUAAAAUAAAAUAAAGAUGGAGCAAAAGCAUUUCAUCUAGGAAGCUGGUAUUGCUAGAAAAUAACAGGCUUGGCCCUCUUUGCUGUAGUGUUGUGCUCGCCCUCUGCUUCAUACUUGAUUUUGUGUUCUCUCAGGCACUCUGGAUUCUUUCUUGUACCCUUUGGAUUCCUGUAGCCUGAACAGUGUGACUUACUCAUGCAUUUUCUGGUUUUUUGUUUUUUUUUUUUCUUUUGAUUUUUUUUUUGUUUUUUUAAACAGGACAGCUUUCUAGAAUGUUUCACUUCUACCAUUAGUUUCUCUGGAUAAAACUGCAAUAACUUGUUAUCUUUUGAUUAAAAUCUGAGAACUCUGACUGUAAUAUAUUCUAUAUAAAAAUUUAUCUAAGGAAAAA